GUUCUGCAAUGACCUUACGGUGGGAGGAGGAAGAGUAGCAGCAGCAGCAGCAGUAGAGAUAUGGAAACAGUUGAAGACAUUGUAAUAGUUGGUGCUGGAAUUGCAGGGCUCACUACAGCCUUAGGACUUCACAGGAUGGGAUUGCGAAGCUUGGUGUUGGAAUCAUCAGAAAGCUUGAGGGCUACUGGAUUUGCAUUUCUGACAUGGACUAAUGCAUGGAAGGCUUUGGAUGCUGUAGGCAUUGGUGAUACCCUAAGAGAAGAACAUGUUCAGCUUGAUGGGUUAGAGAGUGUAUCAACCAUUUCUGGCCUUUCUUCCUCUUAUAUGUCAUUUAAGGCUCCCAUUAGUAAAGGCAAUGAAGUUCGUGCUGUGAGAAGGAAACUUUUGCUAGAUGCCCUUGUAAAGGAUCUACCACCAGGCACCAUUAGGUUCUCUUCCAAGCUUGUUUCCAUUGAGGAAUCAGGCAACUUAAAAUUACUACAUUUAGCUGAUGGAUCCUUCCUAAAGACCAAGGCAUUAAUUGGGUGUGAUGGAGUGAAUUCAAUUAUUGCAAAAUGGUUGGGUCUUGAAACGCCAGUCUUUUCUGAGAGAUGGGCAUUUAGAGGUAUUGCAGAAUACUUGGAUGGCCAUGGCCUUGAACGCAUAUUCUUUCAGUGCUCUGGAAAUGGCUCUCGCUGUGGUAUGAUUCCUUGUGAUGAGAAGACUGUAUAUUGGUUUUUCACUUGGACUCCCUCUUCCCAAGAGAAAUGCAUAAAUGAUAGCCCAGCCAUGAUGAAGCAGUUUGUGUUGAACAAUCUUGGGAAAGCACCGGAGGCAUUAGUGAAUGCCAUAGAAAAGACUGAUUUGGGUAGUAUUGUAGCCUCACAACUAAGGUUCAGGAAGCCAUGGAAUGUGUUAUGGGGAGAUAUCUCUAAAGGAAAUGUCUGUGUAGCUGGAGAUGCUCUCCACCCAAUGACACCAGAUAUUGGUCAAGGUGGGUGUUCAGCAUUAGAAGAUGGUGUUGUUCUUGCUAGGUGCCUUGCUGAGGCUCUGUUGGAAGAGACAAGAAGAGAAUCCAUGAAAGUAGAAGAAAAAGAAGAAGAAGAAUGCAAUCGGAUAAAGAAGGGUUUAGAGAAAUUUGCUAAGGAAAGGAGAUGGAGAAGCUUUGAACUUAUUAGUACAGCUUAUAUGGUGGGCUUCAUACAACAAAGUGAUGGAAAAUUUCUUACUUUCUUAAGAGAUAAGUUGUUGUCACCAUUCUUAGCUGGGUUGCUUUUGAAGAGGGCUGCUUAUGAUUGUGGGAAACUCAACAUCUCUUAGGUUUUUUUUUUUUUUUUUUAGGAAGUAAUUUAUGGUUGAUAAAUGUAUUAAAUAAAAA